CUGUGCCUGCCCCCUUGUGUUUUUGUGCAGAAUAAGUCAAAGCAGCUCCUGUUUGCAGCUCUCCGGAAUCAGUCAAAAUGCCGGUAGAUUUAAGCCAGUGGACAGGGAAUCUUGCCCUAACAGAGGUGGAUGAGAAGCCUGCACAGAUCCUCCAUGUCAAGUAUGGCUCUCUUGAAAUCGACGAGUUGGGCAAAGUGCUCACGCCAACACAGGUGCAGAGCCGUCCCACUUCUAUAGGGUGGGAGGGGUGUGACUCCACAAAGCUGUACACCCUGGCCAUGACUGAUCCCGACGCACCCAGCAGGAAAGACCCCAAAUUUGGGGAGUGGCAUCACUUUCUGGUGGUGAACAUGAAGGGAAACGAUGUAUCCAGUGGAUGUGUCAUGUCCGACUACGUUGGGUCUGGCCCUCCAAAAGGCACUGGUCUCCACAGGUAUGUGUGGCUGGUCUAUGAGCAGUCAGGAAACCUCUCCUGUACGGAGCCCGUCCUCACUAACUGCUGUGGAGACAACCGCGGCAAGUUCAAGAUCCAAGAAUUCCGCCAGAAAUACGGACUGGGAGUUCCCGUGGCUGGAACCUGCUAUCAGGCAGAAUGGGAUAAUUAUGUCCCUAAACUCUAUGAGCAACUGGCUGGAAAAUAAACAAAGGAGUAUUCAGAAAUUAUGUAGAAAACUGCAGGAACCACAAUGCCUUUUUUUUUUGCCACACUGAUUUAUUUUACAAUUGUAUUAUGUGAGCAAUGCCCUAGAGUUGUUCAUGCUGACUCAUUAAAGUAAUCUCUCUAUCCCCAUGAUCAAACAAAA